CAGGACGACUCCACCACUCCCUGACUCCCGUUUUCCGGAGUUUAGUCUUUUAACUUGAUUUUUUUUCGGGAUGUUCAGAUGAAAAAGUAGCAUCCAGCUAACUUUUAGAAACUCUGUCUCUUUUUCUGUUUCAGGGCAGGAGGAGACUUAACAAUGCUGUCAAAGGUCAUUUUUCUAUGCCUCCUGUAUGGAGCAGUCGCACAAUAUAGAGAAGCGCUGGUUGCCCCCACACCAGAAUGCAACAAAAAGAUUGAGUGUCCGAUCCAGCUGUAUUUUGUAAUCGACACUUCGGAGACCAUCGCCCUGCAGGAACCCCCACCGGGUAGCCUGGUGGAGAGCAUCAAGGAGUUCACCAAGGCCUUUGUCGGGAGGCUGGAUGACGAGGAUUACAGGGGCACGGUGCAGCUCAUCUGGUCUUUUGGCGGACUGCACUUCUCCCAGCGGCAGGUGGUCUUCAGCCAGAUCUCCAGCAAGGACAACUUCAUACGGGGUCUGGAUAGCAUCAUUUACCUGGGCAAAGGCACUUACAUCGACUGCGCCCUCGCCAACAUGACCGCAGAGAUGCGACACAUCACCCCCGCACCCAAGACCGUCCGAUACGCCGUGGUGAUCACUGACGGUCACGAGACGGGACACCCCUGCGGCGGGAUCAAGGUGACAGCCGAGAGGGCAAGAGAUGAGGGGAUCAAGAUAUUUGCUGUGGCGGCGACCGCGAAGUUGGAGGAAACUGGGAUGAGGGAGAUUGCCAACACUCCGGCAGAAGUGUACCGAAAUGCUUUCUUAGCAGUUGACAUCGACGGAUCUCCACGGGUUGUAACCGAAACCAUUGAUCGUAUCAUCAAAACCAUGAAACAUCAGGCCUAUCAGGAGUGCUAUUCAGUAAGGUGUUUGGAAACUCCUGGACCCCCUGGACCGCCAGGCCACAGAGGAAAUAAGGGAGCUAAAGGAGAUAAUGGUGAUCCUGGCCCAAAAGGUGAAAAAGGUAGACAGGGUGACCCUGGUAUUGAAGGUCCUAUCGGCCAUCCUGGUCCAAAAGGUGAACGUGGUCUCAAAGGUGAUAAGGGUGACAUUGGAUCUGAGGGCAAGAAGGGCGUAGCUGGUCUUUCAGGACGGAAUGGGACUGAUGGUCAAAAGGGAAAAAUUGGUCGCAUUGGAGCACCAGGCUGCAAAGGGGACCCGGGUGACAAGGGUCCUGAUGGCUAUCCUGGGGAUGUCGGCGAAGGCGGGCCACCUGGAUUGGAUGGAGAGAAGGGAGAUCCUGGCCGCCCUGGGAGACCAGGUCCCCCCGGCCCAUCUGGAGAGCCUGGCCCUAAGGGUGAAAGAGGAAGCCCAGGAUCACCUGGUAUGCCUGGUGAAAAAGGAGCUCAGGGACCAAAUGGGGGAAUUGGACCAAAAGGCGAACCUGGGAGAAGGGGAGACUUUGGACAAAAGGGAAAACAGGGACCACCUGGAGGGAAAGGAGAAAAGGGUGAACCUGGGCCCGAGGGACAGAGGGGGCUUCCUGGAGAAGUCGGAAGCAAAGGAGCCAAGGGAGACAAUGGUUUGCCUGGGCCGCGUGGCCCCCCGGGAGAUCCUGGAGCACCAGGGAGAAACGGCACACAGGGAGACCCUGGUGAUGUUGGACCAAGGGGAGAUCCAGGCCCUGCUGGACCCAAGGGUGACCCAGGAAGACCUGGAUUCAGUUAUCCUGGACCAAGAGGACCAACGGGUGAUCGGGGUGACAAAGGAAACCCUGGACCUCGAGGGAGCAGAGGCGACUGUGGGCAGAAAGGAGAGCCUGGCCAGAAAGGAACUCCAGGUGAAUCGGGAGAACCAGGGCCUUUUGGUGAACCUGGUCCAAGAGGGCCCAGAGGAGACCCCGGAAUAGAUGGUGACCCUGGACCAGAGGGUGACCCCGGACUUACUGAUUGUGAUGUCAUGAACUAUAUCAGAGAAACCUGCGGCUGCUGUGACUGUGAGAAGCGCUGCGGAGCUCUGGACAUCGUCUUUGUGAUUGACAGUUCGGAGAGCGUGGGGCUCACCAACUUCACUCUAGAGAAGAACUUUGUCAUCAACACCAUCAACAGACUGGGCGCCAUCGCCAAGGACCCCACUUCUGAGACAGGGACUCGUGUGGGUGUGGUGCAGUACAGUCACAACGGCACCUUCCAGGCCAUCCAACUCAACGACUCGAAGAUCGACUCUCUGGCUGCAUUCAAAGAUGCGGUCAAGAGGCUGGAGUGGAUCGCGGGGGGCACCUGGACGCCGUCCGCCCUCAAGUUUGCCUACGACCAGCUGAUCCGGUACAGCCGGCGCGCCAACGCCAAAGUCAACGUGGUGGUGAUCACAGACGGCCGCUUCGACCCCCGCGACGACGACACCUUGCUCCGGUACCUCUGCAACGACAACAGCGUGGACGUCAACGCCAUCGGCAUCGGGGACAUGUUCUCCCAGCCGGAGGAGGAUGAGAACCUGAAGUCCAUCACCUGCGAUAAGAGCAACCGCGUCAUGGGCAUGCGGCGCUUCGCCGACCUGGUGGCCGAGGAGUUCAUCGACAGGAUCGAGGACGUUCUCUGCCCAGACCCUGUAACAAUUUGUCCUGACCUCCCCUGCAAAACCGAACCGGCUGUGGCCAACUGCGUCCAGCGACCCGUGGAUCUGAUUUUCCUGUUGGACGGCUCAGAGAGGAUCGGGGCGAGCAACUUCCGGCGCGCCCGCGAGUUCGUGGAGAGCGUGGCGCGGCGCCUGACGCUGGCGCGGAGCGACAGCGACGACAUGCACGCCCGUGUGGCGCUGCUCCAGUAUGGCAAUGAGAACGAGCAGCGUGUGGCCUUCCCGCUCUCCCGCAACCUGAGCGUCAUCAUCGACGGCCUGGCGCGCAUGGCCUACAUGGACUCCGCCUCCAACGUGGGCACCGCCAUCAUGCACGCCGUCAACAACGUCAUCAUGGGCCGCGGCGACCAGGGCGGCCGCCUGGCCCGCCGCAACGCCGAGCUGUCCUUCGUCUUCAUCACGGAUGGCGUCACGGGCAGCCAGAGCCUGGAGGAGGGCAUCAGCGCCAUGCGCCGGGUGGAGGGUGUCCCCACGGUGAUCUCCAUGGGCAACGAUGUGGACGAGGAGAUUUUGAGGAAGCUGGCGCUGGGGGACCAGUCGGCCAUAUUCAGGGGGCAAGACUUCUCACACCUCUCGAGACCCAGCUUCUUCGAGCGCUUCAUCAGGUGGAUAUGUUAAAGAGGAUCCGAUUCGGUGCUGGGAGCGGGGGGGGUUGGGGGCAGGCUUCGUGCUACACGUUUAAUUUUACACAGAUGUCUGUUUAAAAUAGUUGUCUGUAUUGUUUUUUUUGUUUUGUUUCAUUUUUUUUCUCUUUUUUUGUGCAGAAGGGCUGUCUGGGGUCUUUAAAAUCAAAUAAUUUAGUAUUUACAUCAAGAUGCUAACAUAGAGGAACUCUUGAGUUUUACCUGUAUAUCUCUGUAAGAAACAUUAGUGAAUUGCACAUAAUUCAUUUGGCAAGGGGAGCCUGUGGGGUUUUUUUUUAUAACAUAUGUUUCAAUUGGCCAAGGGUUAACAAAUCUCAUUGUUCCAUUGUUUUUGAAACUUUAUUUCAUUACAGAAUUACUCAGCUGAGAUCAGUUGUUUCUACUUAACUUCUCAUGGCAAAGCUCUUAUUAGCCUGGCAAAGAACAAGUGAAUUAUCAGAUAGUUCAUAGUAUCCAUGCACUGAAACAGACCAGUCAUGCUGUAGUUUUUAAUCUGCAAUCAAAAGGGAGCUGUUUUGGUGCAGAGCAGUAUAUUCACACACAUCAGAAUGUAAUGGAGUCCUGUCAAGCAACAUCAAAUAAAGGGUGUGCACAGUGUUGGCACAGUAAUGUGAACACAGUAAUUAUGCCUACACUGAAACUACACGGAUAUGCACGCCCACUCAAUGGUGCUUCAGUAUGGCAGAUAUUAUUUGUCACUUUUUUUUCCUCGCACUUUCAAUGUGGAUUUAAUAAUCAUGGAAAUUGCAACUUCUUGUGAUUUGAGCGUUUUUCUUUCUGAUGCCUCUGGACACCCAUGGAACAAACCGUUGACGUAAGAUUCCAGAUGUAAGAUCAAUAAAAUGAG